UUGCAAAAGUGCCCUGAGCAAGCUGGUCUGGGCAAGGCAGGACAAUAAGGAGUAUUCCGGCCCAAGGGCAGACGUGCAGUUGAAGGCUGCAGAAGGGUUAACACAGGCUGAUGCUGUGGCCCACGGCAAACAUCCUCUCUGUUGCCAGGGGCCCCGCAGAACGCCCCAUUUUCCAUGUCGCAAGGAUUGCCAGGCAGCCUCUGCACAGCUGCAGCAGCUCUGUUGCUCCGCACUUAUCUGUGUAUAUAUAGCUGCAGGAAACAGCUCGUUCAGCCGCUUUUGCAAUAGGUCUGCCCCUCCUGUGGGGCAGAGGAGCCUGUUUCGCUGCAGCCGGGCGGGACAUCUGCUUGGAGCCGGGCUCUGGCAGCAGAGUAUCUGACCCAACGGCGACGGGCUCGACCGAGGAGAAAGAAAGAGAAGUCACGAGGCAGUCACGCAGAGGAAGAGAAUGGUCAGAGAAGAGCAACAGCUCGCUUCAACUGCUAGAGCCUGCCUUUGAUUGGAUGUUAUCUGCGAGGCCAGAGGGGGAUUGUCUGCGCAGGGCGUUCCUCUCCUCUUCCUGCUCUGUUUGGGCUAUAAAAGCCUGGGCUCGGUGGCCGUGGCUCAGACCCCAAAAUGAAGUUGAAAGGGGAGGAGCGGAGCUCUGCCAGCAAUGAAGGCUCCCGGGGGAAAAUGACACUUGUGCUUGCAACGGUAACGCUGAUAUCUGCCUUUGGAUCUUCUUUCCAGUAUGGGUACAACGUGUCUGUGAUCAAUUCUCCAGCCCCGUACAUGCAAGACUUCUACAACCAAACGUACUACAACAGGAGUGGAGUGCCUAUGGAGAGUGGCUUCCAGACGCUGCUCUGGUCUCUUACUGUGUCCAUGUACCCCCUGGGUGGCUUUUUUGGGUCCCUCAUGGUGUGGCCUCUGGUCAACAACUGCGGCCGAAAGGGCACUUUGCUGAUAAGUAACCUCUUAUCUAUUUCUGCUGCAAUCCUAAUGGGAACUUCAGAGCUAGCAAAAACCUAUGAAGUGAUCAUCUUUUCACGUGUUAUCAUGGGAAUAUUUGCUGGUCUGGCUUCCAACGUGGUUCCCAUGUUCCUUGGAGAAAUGUCCCCCAGAAAUCUGAGAGGUGCGAUUGGGAUCGUACCCCAGCUCUUCAUCAGCAUUGGGAUCCUUAUAGCUCAGAUCCUUGGUCUCAACAUCAUCCUUGGGAAUGCCAAAGGCUGGCCCGUGCUGCUGGCGCUCACUGGGAUCCCAUCGCUAAUUCAGCUCCUUAUAUUGCCCUUUUUCCCUGAGAGUCCCAGAUAUUUGCUGAUACAAAAGGGCAAUGAAGAGCAAGCACGGCGAGCUCUGCAGAAGCUGAGAGGCCGGGAUGAUGUGGAUGAUGAGAUCCAAGAGAUGCGCCAAGAAGACCGGUCAGAAAAGGAAGAAGGACAGUUCACUGUAUUCAGCCUGUGCACCUUCAGAGGCUUGAGGUGGCAGCUCAUCUCCAUCAUUGUCAUGAUGAUGGGCCAGCAGCUCUCGGGGGUCAAUGGGGUCUUCUACUACGCAGACAGAAUCUUCCUGUCGGCAGGAGUGGAUGACAACAGUGUUCAGUAUGUCACUGUGUCCAUAGGUGCCAUCAACGUCGUCAUGACCUUGGUUGCUGUUUUCAUUGUGGAAUCCCUGGGAAGGAGAAUCCUCCUCCUUGCUGGCUUUGGAUUUUGCUGUGUCUCCUGUGCAGUGUUAACUAUGGCUCUCAAUCUCCAGACCACUGUCUCAUGGAUGUCUUACCUCAGCAUAGUGUGUGUCAUCGUUUACAUCAUGGGACAUGCUAUUGGAGCCAGUCCAAUUCCCUUUGUGAUGAUCACCGAGAUGUUCCUGCAGUCAUCCAGGCCUGCAGCGUUCAUGGUGGGUGGGUCUGUGCACUGGCUGUCCAACUUCACUGUGGGGCUUGUGUUCCUCUACAUGGAGGCUGGACUGGGGCCCUACAGCUUCCUCAUCUUCUGUGGCAUCUGCCUCGCCACUAUAGUUUACAUCUUCAUCAUUGUUCCUGAGACUAAGAACAAAACCUUCAUGGAAAUCAACAGGAUCAUGGCCAAGAGGAACAAGGUGGAGAUUCAGGAAGACAAAGAAGAGCUUAAGGAUUUCCAGGCUGUCCCAGGUGGGCAGGCAGAGAAGAAGGAAAUCUCCAGCCAUGAGCUGUGACCCAGCCCAAUGUUGGCCCAGACAUUUUCCAAGAUCCAUUCAGUGGGAGAACAAAUACAUGGAUUAUUUUUUUGAUAC